AUGUCUGUACACGCCGGACCACCGACCAUGGAGAUAAGACAGCAGCUUCAAGAUUUGAUUGAUACCGUCCCCCACAAUGACAGUGUCAUUCGCGACGGAGAAUACUGCCGCAGCCCUGGCUUCUUGGCACAGUUUGGGGAUGAGGAGGUGCAACGACUUCUGCAAAUUUAUUUCGAAAACGAACAUACCGUGAUCCCAAUGCUGCUUGCUCAAGAAUCCGAAGCGCACCUUAUGUCAUAUUUCAAAACCAAAGCAGCAUCAGACCUCAAAACCGGUAUCGCUAUCGGCUCCUUGGUCGCUUACCAUACCUUACUCGACCCCGAGAAUUCUGUUCGCGGGGCACUUCUUAGCGUUUUUGGCCGAUCGCUGCUCGUCCAAUCUCAGGCCAACGAAGCGGACGAUCGGGUCCUGAGACGAAUCCAUAGAAUACUGUCGCAAAUCUGUCACUUUGGGUGA